AUGUCUCACGAAUCAGUUUGGAUGUCCAGACCCCGUACCUACGGAAAGGGAUCCCGCGAAUGUCGCGUUUGCACCCACAAGGCCGGUUUGAUCCGCAAGUACGGUCUUAACAUCUGCAGACAAUGCUUCAGAGAGAAGGCAGCCGAUAUUGGAUUCGUCAAGCACCGUUAAAUUCACCACACCUCGAAAAUCAACUCGUCGAGAACGGAACGAUACGACAACGAUGGGUUUGUG